UCCAUUUUCUCUGUCUGUCCCGAAAAGUUUCCAUCAGAUCACAGGAGUCAGGUUUACCUGGCGCGCGACGGUGCACCUGUCGCGAAAUUCGAGAGUAGCUCACCUGCACGUUACCUCGGACUUACCUGUUGACCAAAAUGCGUCAAUAAGCUUGCCUCAACCAGCCCAGCCGUAUCUACACAUCCACUAACCAGCAAACAUGAAGAAGGGAACGUUGAAUUUCAUGUCUCGGAAGAAGCCGUCUCUUUUUGACUCUAACAUCAAAAUUAAAGACAUGGAUGAUGUGGAGCUGGUGCUGGAGUCAUCAGCGAUCCCAGAGUCAGGAACUGCCAGUGUGCGUGCCAGACCCACUGUCAAGCAUCACGCUUCCUCAUCAGACAGUUUCCAAGGGUUUGCUGUCCCAACACCCAAAGUCCCCCUCCUCCCCCCUGUCAGUGGUACAAAGAUCAACGGUUCAGUUGGUGAAGAACAUUUGUCCAAUGGAUCGGUUAUAUCUGUGCCUGACCUCAUGGAAGGGGAAAUAUUUGUUCCUCCUCCUCCCUCUAUGGCACCUCCACCCCCUCCAGGGACUUUUAUCCCUCUUCCACCAGACUUCAUGGGUGACCUGAACAGUCUAGACCUGGCAAACCUUCAGCCACCUUCCAUGCCCGCUCCAAAACCCCCUUCACAUCACCUUCACUCAGUGGAUGAGGAAAACUUAACCUUCUUAAAACCGCCACCAAUGGCUCCGCCAAAGCCUCCGCCAAAGCCUCCGUCUACUUGCUCUAGUGGCUCUGUAUCAUCCUUACCCAUUUCUAGUCCACCACCUGUCAAAGUUCCUGAGCGUCCAAUACUUUCCCAGACCCCUGUUUUAAGGGAACACAAGACACCACCUCAAAAGCCCAUUAGACUGUCCUCUAUCUCCUAUCCUGACUCCCCACCACAGACUCCUGCCCCACCUCCCACCAUGCAGACACUGUCCACCUUCAAUCCCCAAAACACAGCAAGGCUUUACAGUGUUCCUAAGACCUCAAUUCUCAGCGGGUAUGAGGAUCGCGACCCAAUACCCAAGCAGAUGUUGCUUCUGGAAGAUUCUGGGUCUGUCAAAUCUGCGCCAGUGCUUGUUCAGGUGAAAUCCCCUAAAGUGGCUACACCAUCUAAACCAGUUUCCAAAGAUGUACAGGAGCCGAAGGAGAACUUACAAAUUACCCAACUCUCUCAAUCACCCCUGCCUGAGCCAAACAAGAAGGCUAAGACAGGGACAGUCUCAGCACCGCCAGAAAUAGACAAACCUCUCCAGGUUCCACAUAAGAUGUCACCACAGCUUCAGACAAUGAAUGGUGCUUGGGUGGAUUCAGAGCCCAGCAAGGAAAAACUUGAAGGAUCUCCAAGUCAAAAUCGCAAAUUCAGUCCGUUAUUAGAUCGUAAACUACGCAACCUGAAGAGUGACAUACAUGGGGCACGAGAGGGACCUGCAACUUCCCCGCUGGCUCUUUUACUGGCGGCUAAAGAAAGAGAUAAACAUAAAUCGACUCCUUCUUUGUCACGGGAAAACAGUGCCAAGAACAAUGAGCAGCUUAGUGCACGCAUUCUCCCAAGUGACACAAAUCCCAAUUCAUUUAUUGUCACCCCUAUGUCCAGCUCCUUCUCUUCUCCAACAUCUCAAGAAAAAAUACAGGAGAGUCCAAAGUUCGUCAAUUCAGUUAUUCAGACUCCAGAAAAAUCCAGCAGUCCUGCACUGGUCAAAGAUCAAGUUCCAUCUACCAGUCCAGCUCUCAAUAGGAUGGCUGCACCCCAAAGUGCAACACACCAGGCUGAGCAGAAACAAAAUGCCGAGCAAAGCUCCUCAAAGUCUCAAUCGGCAUCGCAUGAGGAUAUUAAAGAGGAGUUAAGUGUGCCAUUACUCCCUCCACCACCAGAAUUUGAUGAUUUAGAUAAGUUUAUGGAGCCCCCUCCUUCCAUCCCACCACCUGACCCUCCCAUGAAAAAGGCACCAACGCCAACUGUGAGCUCUCUCCCUACAGCUCAAGUUCCACCUCCUCCUCCAAAGCCUAAACCCCCAGCCGCUCCGAAACUUCCACCUCCUGACAUUGAUGUCAAACCAAAGGUACAAGUCCAGACAAAACCCAAAGUGGUCCCCUCCCAGCUACCAGACACUCUAUCACCAAGUCAGGCUACGCUCCUGAGCAUCUUACAAAAGAAGAUGUUGGAAAUGGACAACAAAAUGGCCCCAGUUAAGGAGGCAGGGACCAGCUCCGAUGACUGGGGCGGCCCCUUGUCUGAUGAGGACAAAAAAAUCCCUGUUGUCCCCAGAACCACACCACAGAGCAAGAACAAAGCCGCAACCCUGGACAUGAAGGAGCUGGAGGAUAAACUGGUUAGGAAAAAAAAGGAGACCUCCUCAGUCAAGGUUCCCACCAGCAAUGGACUGCGGUCAAAACAUCAGUACGGUAUGACCUUUACAGUUCGCCCUGGAACCAAACAGCCUAUUACUCUCGUUAGUAAAGGGGAUUCUUGAGGUGUUAAAUGAGAUAGGUGUCCUUCUGUUUAGCACACAUUGCAUGUGAUUGGACAACGUGGUUUUGCAUCAGAAUGAAUUUGUACAUAGGGGAAAAAAACUGUUUUUAUAUUUUAUUUUUGAAGCAUUACAGUAAACCCUUUUUUGAAAGUUUUUUUUAGAUGCUGGUUUAUACAUUGAGGUAUGUUUCCUUUUUAACCAAAGCUUUUAAUCAAUCUCAAUGCCACAUGGGUAAUAUUUAAAGGAAAAGAAAAUUCUGUUCAUAUAUAAUGAAUGUGUAUGAUGUGUAUGCCGGAUGAAAAUGAAUCUACAUUAUUCAGUAUUCUGUAAAGUCCAUAACAGAUCUGUAAUCUUGACUGUAAAAUACAAUAAUGUACAAUGUAAUUAUUUUGGUUCAUGCUGUAAUUACAUGUCCCAUAACUGUUACAUGUACAUUAUGUAGGUCCGUUGCAACAAAGCCAACUGUUAGUUCAGAGAUGUGCCAGAGUGUGUUGAUCUCUCAGAAGGAUUGCUUCUCGUAUUUAUUGAUGUGGGAAAUGUUUUGCGUGUAUGCUGAUGUGUGUCGAUGUAGCUACACUCAUGUUUUUAUGCUGUACAUAUCAGUUUGCAUAAGAUUAAAAUAGAACUUAGAUAUUGUAAGAUGUAGUUUUAUGUAC